AUGACAAGCAAAAUCAUUGGCGUGUGGUCCAACAAGGGUUGCGAAACUUCCGAAAAAGAGCCACUGUACACCAAGUGCUCCUGUGAUCACAUGACCAACUAUGCCGUGCUGAUGUGGCUCGGGGAAAAGGCGCCUGAAGACCGUGAAGCCAUUAACAUCCUCACCAAAGUGGGCUGUCUGGUAUCCAUUGCCGCUCUUGCCUUGGCUGUGGGACUGCUGCUCUACCUGAGGUCAACGCUGAGCUCGGAACGUAUCAUUAUCCACAUGCAUCUGAUGACCGUCACCUUGAUCGCGUUGUUACUCUUUCUGGUCGGCAUAGACAAGACCGAAAACAAGCUGGUGUGCCAGUUCAUCACCAUUGGCCUGCACUUCUUCUACAUGUCCAUGUUCAGCUGGAUGCUGGUGGAGGGUAUUCACCUCUAUCGCCAGAUUGUCGCCGUCUUUGAUAGCGAGAAAUCCCGUAUUUGGGUCUACUUUGCCCUCGGAUGGGGAAUUCCCAUCAUUGUGGUGGGAAUUACAUCUGGAAUUUUCUUCAAUCAGUACAAAGACCACGAAAUCUGUUGGCUGGAGGUGAAAGACAACAGUAUUUGGGCAUUCCUGGGACCAAUCAUCCCCAUUCUGUUGGUGAACGUGGCUGUGCUAUUCAUGGUGUUGCGUAUUGUGAUGUCUGCUGCCAAGCUGCAACAGGAAAAGCCAAUUUUCAACAGUGUCAAGAAAGGUGCGCGUAGUUCCCUUCUUCUUCUGCCCAUUCUGGGGACCACCUGGAUAGUCGGAUACUUUCAGCAUAACCUCCUGUCUCUGCAGUACGUCUUUGUGACACUGAAUGCCUUUCAGGGAUUCUUCAUGGCUCUGUUCCAUUGCUUCAUGAGCGGUGAGGUGAACAGCGCCCUCAAGCAGAAGAUCCGUAGGGUAAAGGAGAGUAGCCUGGGAGGAGCCUCCACCGUGGAUUCGGUAAGACCGUUGUGA